UGUUUAUUAUAAAGAUUUAGCAGAAAUGAAAAGCUCUUUGCAUUGAUCACAAGGUUCUUUAACUUCUUUUUAGCAAACCCAACAUGGCCGGAAUACCAACUACACCUGCCACUUUUCCGAUGAGUCUAGACAAACCAACGACGGUGAUGGUGGCGAGGCCAGCAAAGAAGGAAAGAGAGAAGGAGGAAGAAGAAGUAUUGGUGAUAGAAGGGAUAGAAAUCAAUAGAAAUGAGUUUGUGAAGUUUGAUGUGUUCAUUAACGAUGAGGAUGAGGAGACAGCGGCUGGUGGUGGGGCUGAGAAAGCUGAGUGUGCCGGUAGCUUUGUGAACGUGCCACAUAAGCACAGGAACGGACAUAGUGGUGAUGGUGGGAAGGUGAAAAAGACACAGUUGAGAAUUGGAAUAAGUGAGUUAUUGGAGGAUUUGGGUGUCGAAGAAGAUGACGAAGAUGUGGUGGUGAAAUUGGUGCCAAGGUGUGAAAAUGUUCAUGUCACAAUUGGUGGUAUUAAGAUUGAGAAUGAGUGAUUAAUUAAUUAAUUAAUGAGUUCUUAUCUUAGUUAUUUUCUUUUGUUAUCGAGUGGUUUAUGAUCCCUUAUAAUAAAUGUUAUACUUAAUGUUGUCAA